AUGGCACUACCUAGAGCAAUAAAUCCUACAAAUAUUAUAUCUGGAUUUCAAGCAACAGGAAUCGCGCCAUACAACAGAGAAGUGGUUACUGAUCAGGACUUCUUGUCCAGUGCAGUCACGGAUAGAGAGAUGACUUCACAAGACAGCACUGUCAAGACUUCUCAGGCUGGGACAAGCAACGCUGAUGGUCUACAGUCCAAAGUGAACCGAAUUGGGACUACAACUGCAGUUCCAUCUACAAACAAGCUGGACAAUUUGGACGUGGCCGAGAUCCUCAACAACGACCGCCUCUUGAAAUCCUACAUCCAGUGCAUGCUCGAUGCAGACGACGGAAAGUGCACCACCAAGGGAAAGGAGAUCAAAAGCAGGCUGCCGAAAGUGUUCGCGACGGGAUGCGGGGACUGCACGCCUAGCCACCUCGAGAGGGCUGUCAAGGUCCUGAAGCACAUCACAGAAAAGUGCCCUGCAGAAUGGACCAAGCUGAAGGCCAAGUUCCACCCGACGGGAGAAUACAUGAAGCAACACGCUGAGACAUGGAAACAGCACGGCAUCAAUGUCUGA